AUGAAAGUUAUCACAGCCAACUUCGUCACCUGCGCCGUCAAGGAAUGCAAGACCUCCGCCGCCUCUUUCCCGCUCCACUUCCACGACGCCGAGCUCGAACAACAGGAACUUGAUUUCCAGCCGGAAUUCAUUCGCAAUGUGCUUCCCCGCGUGGACUGGGAUAGUUUGCGGAUUACGGCUAAUGAGCUCGGCUUCCCCAGCCUUCCCGAAACAAAACCCGAAGGCGACGCAUUGAACGAGGAACAGACAUUGAAGGAUCUACACCGUCUACUCCUGGAGACGCAGGUGAUUGAGGGCAAACUUGUUUGUGGGAAUUGUGGGCAUCAGUAUGUUAUUAAGGAGGGGAUUGCUAAUUUCUUGUUGCCGAGUCAUUUGGUUUGA